AGUCGGCGUUUCUCUCCCCCGCGCCAGCUCCCGUACACGGAGCCGCAUUCCUUGGCCCCCCCCACCCCCCUCCCUCGGGGCCCCCCCGCCCCCCCUCGGGGAAAAAAAUCCACCCCAAUUCACUCGAACCCGAGGGAGGUUUCCUUUCACCAUCGGGGAGACGAGCUUUCAACGGUUUCUUCUUCUUCGUCUCCCCCCAAGCCCCCGUCCCCUCCCCUGCUCCCACCCCCUUCUCCCGGCGUCGGGUGCAAGGUCCCUUUAAGGCGACGGCGCCUUCCUCGGGUCAGACUACCGGCGGCGACGACCACGGGAGCAUGGCGGACACCGACCUGUUUAUGGAAUGUGAGGAGGAGGAGUUGGAGCCAUGGCAGAAGAUCAGCGAUGUCAUUGAAGACUCUGUAGUUGAAGAUUAUAAUUCCAUGGAUAAAACUACUACAGCUGGCAAUCCUUUGGUCCAGCAAAGUGGACAACCGCUCAUCCUGACCCAGAAUCCAGCCCCUGGUCUGGGAACAAUGGUUACUCAACCAGUAUUGAGGCCUGUCCAGGUUAUGCAGAAUGCCAAUCAUGUGACUAGUUCCUCUGUGGCCUCACAACCAAUAUUCAUCACUACACAGGGAUUUCCUGUCAGGAAUGUCCGGCCUGUACAAAAUGCAAUGAAUCAGGUUGGGAUUGUGCUGAAUGUACAGCAAGGCCAAACGGUUAGACCAAUUACUCUGGUCCCAGCCCCAGGUACCCAGUUUGUUAAGCCGACAGUUGGAGUCCCACAAGUGUUCUCUCAGAUGACCCCAGUGAGGCCAGGCUCCACAAUGCCUGUGCGACCUACCACCAACACCUUCACUACCGUCAUCCCAGCCACUCUCACCAUUCGAAGCACCGUCCCACAGUCCCAGUCCCAGCAGACCAAGUCCACUCCCAGCACCUCCACCACUCCCACUGCCACACAGCCAACCUCACUGGGGCAACUAGCUGUUCAGCCUCCAGGCCAGUCCAACCAGACCCCGAAUCCCAAGCCAGUGAGCAUUGCCAGCUUUGUCACUGUCAAGCGACCUGGGGUUACAGGUGAAAAUAGCAAUGAAGUAGCCAAACUGGUGAAUACCCUUAACACCAUCCCUUCCCUGGGCCAGAGUCCUGGGCCAAUGGUGGUUUCCAACAGCAGUCCAGCUCAUGGCUCUCAAAGAACCAGCGGACCUGAGUCAUCAAUGAAAGUGACCUCUCCCAUUCCAGUAUUUGAUCUCCAGGAUGGUGGACGGAAAACCUGUCCCCGGUGUAAUGCUCAAUUCCGUAUUACUGAAGCUUUGAGAGGUCAUAUGUGUUACUGCUGCCCAGAAAUGGUUGAAUACUUGAAGAAAGGAAAAUCUCUGGAUUCAGAACCCAGUGUCCCAUCAGCAGCAAAGCCCCCAUCCCCUGAGAAAACAGCUCCUGUUGCUUCCACACCUUCUUCUACUCCUAUUCCUGCUCUGUCACCACCUACCAAAGCACCAGAGCCAAAUGAAAACGUGGGUGAUGCAGUCCAAACUAAGCUCAUUAUGCUAGUAGAUGACUUCUACUAUGGACGGGAUAGUGGCAAAGUAGCCCAGCUCACAAAUUUCCCUAAGGUUGCCACAUCUUUCCGGUGCCCACAUUGUACCAAAAGGCUAAAAAACAAUAUUCGAUUCAUGAACCAUAUGAAACACCAUGUAGAACUUGAUCAGCAGAAUGGUGAGGUGGAUGGUCAUACUAUCUGUCAACACUGCUAUCGCCAAUUUUCCACACCGUUCCAGCUCCAGUGCCACUUGGAAAAUGUUCACAGUCCCUAUGAAUCAACUACCAAGUGCAAGAUCUGUGAAUGGGCAUUUGAGAGUGAGCCACUGUUUCUCCAGCAUAUGAAGGAUACUCAUAAGCCUGGAGAAAUGCCUUAUGUUUGCCAGGUGUGUCAGUAUCGCUCUUCACUGUACUCUGAGGUGGAUGUUCAUUUUCGGAUGAUCCAUGAGGAUACCCGGCAUCUGCUCUGCCCUUAUUGCCUGAAAGUCUUCAAAAACGGCAAUGCAUUCCAGCAGCAUUAUAUGAGACACCAGAAGAGGAAUGUUUAUCACUGCAACAAAUGCCGGCUGCAGUUUCUCUUCGCCAAGGACAAAAUUGAACACAAGCUUCAGCACCAUAAAACCUUUCGUAAACCCAAGCAGCUAGAAGGCUUGAAACCAGGCACCAAGGUGACAAUCCGGGCUUCUCGAGGGCAGCCACGAGCUGUUCCUGUACCUUCCAAUGAUACACCUCCCAGCGCCUUGCAGGAGGCAGCGCCACUGACCUCCUCAUCGGACCCUCUGCCCGUCUUCCUUUAUCCCCCUGUCCAGCGCAACAUCCAAAAGAAAGCUGUUAGGAAAAUGAGUGCCAUGGGCCGGCAGACAUGUUUGGAGUGCAGCUUUGAGAUCCCAGAUUUCCCUAAUCACUUCCCCACUUAUGUACACUGUUCUCUGUGCCGCUAUAGUACCUGCUGCUCUCGAGCUUAUGCCAACCACAUGAUCAAUAAUCAUGUUCCAAGGAAGAGCCCCAAGUAUUUGGCUUUGUUUAAAAAUUCUGUGAGUGGACUCAGGCUGGCCUGCACUUCAUGUACCUUUGUUACCUCCAUGGGAGAUGCAAUGGCCAAGCAUUUAGUAUUCAACCCCUCUCACAGAUCCAGCAGCAUCCUGCCACGGGGACUCACUUGGAUAUCUCACUCAAGGCAUAGCCAGACUCGUGACCGAGUACAUGACCGGAACUUGAAGAAUAUGUACCUGCCUCCUUCCUUACCUCCCAACAAAGCUGCCACUGUGAAAUCUUCGGGGAGCACCCCAGCUGAGCCUGAAGAGCUCCCAACUCCCAUGGCCCCGGCACUCCCAUCACCAGCUUCAACUGCAACCCCACCCCCCACCCCCAGCCAGCCCCUGCCUGUAGCUCUUCCACCAUUGGCUUUGGAGGAGGCUGAAUGUCUGAAUGUUGAUGACCAGGAUGAGGGGAGUCCAGUCACUCAGGAACCUGAGCCAACGUCUGGUGGGGGUAGUAGCAGUGGAGUUGGCAAGAAGGAACAGCUGUCUGUGAAGAAGCUUCGAGUAGUACUGUUUGCCCUAUGUUGCAACACAGAACAGGCAGCUGAGCACUUCCGAAACCCCCAGCGACGUAUUCGGCGUUGGCUUCGGCGCUUCCAAGCCUCCCAGGGGGAGAAUCUAGAAGGCAAAUAUCUGAGCUUAGAGGCAGAAGAGAAACUGGCUGAGUGGGUGCUGACUCAGCGUGAGCAACAGCUACCUGUAAAUGAGGAGACCUUGUUCCAGAAGGCCACCAAAAUAGGACGUUCUUUGGAGGGGGGUUUUAAGAUCUCCUAUGAAUGGGCUGUGCGCUUCAUGCUCCGGCACCACCUGACUCCCCACGCACGGCGAGCUGUGGCCCACACCCUACCCAAGGAUGUGGCAGAGAAUGCAGGACUCUUUAUUGAAUUUGUGCAACGGCAGAUUCACAACCAGGACUUACCCUUGUCUAUGAUUGUGGCUAUUGAUGAGCUCUCCUUGUUCCUGGAUACAGAGGUGCUGAGCAGUGAUGAUCGAAAGGAGAAUGCCCUGCAGACAGUGGGCACGGGGGAGCCCUGGUGUGAUGUGGUGCUGGCCAUUCUGGCAGAUGGCACCGUCCUCCCCACCCUGGUUUUCUACCGGGGGCAAAUAGAUGCACCUGCUAAUGUGCCGGACUCUAUAUUGUUAGAGGCAAAGGAGAGUGGCUACAGUGAUGAUGAGAUCAUGGAGCUGUGGUCAACCAGAGUAUGGCAGAAGCACACAGCUUGCCAGCGCAGCAAAGGCAUGCUCGUGAUGGACUGUCAUCGCACUCACUUGUCAGAAGAAGUACUGGGUAUGCUUAGUGCCUCUAGCACUUUGCCUGCAGUGGUCCCAGCAGGCUGUAGCUCCAAAAUCCAGCCGUUAGAUGUAUGUAUCAAACGAACUGUCAAGAACUUCCUGCAUAAAAAGUGGAAAGAGCAGGCUAGGGAGAUGGCAGAUACUGCAUGUGAUUCUGAUGUCCUGCUGCAGCUGGUGUUGGUCUGGCUGGGCGAGGUGCUGGGCAUCAUUGGGGACUGUCCAGAGUUAGUUCAGCGAUCCUUCCUUGUAGCUAGCGUUCUGCCUGGCCCUGAUGGUAACAUGAACUCACCUACCAGAAAUGCUGACAUACAGGAGGAGCUAAUUGCCUCUCUAGAGGAACAACUGAAGCUGAGUGGGGAACAAUCUGAGGAGCCCUCAGCUUCCACUCCCCGGCCUAGAUCAUCUCCUGAAGAGACAAUUGAGCCUGAAAGCCUUCACCAGCUUUUUGAGGGUGAAAGUGAAACCGAAUCUUUCUAUGGCUUUGAAGAAGCUGACCUAGAUCUGAUGGAGAUUUGAGUGCUGGGCCAUGAGGUGGGGGUAUGGAGCUAGGGUAGGAAAGCGUGAGGGGGAGGGAUUUAGGGAAAAGGGGGUAUACCCGGUGGGGUAUUUGAUUUCUAUUUUAAAUUUUUAUGCCACCACUUCCCCCAAUGUUGACUUAAACUUCCCUGUGAAUUUGUGGAUUAUUAGACAAACUAAUAGUUAUUACAUCUGAGCUGAGGAGCUGGCUCAUGUCUACUAUAACAGGUUUUUGUGACUUUUUUUAAAAAAGAAAAUCACUGUUUGGUAUUUUUCUGACAAAAUCAAGAAAAAGGAAAAAAAAAAUCCUUCGUGGGUGAAUGUUAAAAGUUUUGAGUUUCCCCUCUUACCUCAAUUGUAUCAUAGUACUUCCGAAUUUUUUGUUUUACUGUGUGGUCAAUGUCUGGGCAUGAUGCUAUCUAACCAUUGUCAACGUGAGAACAUUUCUGAAGAUGGGAAAGACAAAUAAUGUAGCUCAUAAACUGGUUUAUUAUAUAUAUAUGGAUAAAAAACUUUUUUCAUUGUGGUCUUAACACUUUUAUAUAAAAAUGAAAAUGGAAAAAAAAAUCCCACUGAACUCUCUUCCUUCUCCUUUUCUUUCCUUCCCUCUCCAGAGAUGUUGAUUUCUACAACUCUAAAAUUGUGGCUUUAAAAAUGCAUGAAACCACCUUUAAUCCUUCAGAAUGACAAAUAGAUUUGUCUUUUCUCACCACCCUUCUCCCUCCAACACAUCACAAUCCUUGACCCCUUCCCUCAUUUUCACACCAUCACUCUGGAAAGGAUCUGAGCGUGUUAUUAGCAAGAAAGAAGUAAUGAGGUGCUUGGACUGUUAGGGGUAGAAGCCAUUCCCAACUUAAGAGUCUGCAUCCUGCAAGCUCCCAAGGGCAAUCUACUUUUUUUGAACGUUACCCUUUACAGUGGACAGCAUGCCUGUUCAGGAGAUCAGAUGUCCUACACCCAGGAGCUGAUGUGCAAAAGAUUAAGUGUUGAACUUUAAAAUGACAGACUACUUGUUGAAGUCCUGCUUUACCCUGUGGCUUUCCUGUUUUUCUCUUAAGCUUAGAGGAGAAUCUUGACAUGAAGAAACACACCAAGGUGUGCAUAAAGACAUGAAUCUUUAUUUUUCACUGCCAGCUUCAAUGAAAGAAAAAGUUUUUUCUACAAUUUGCAUGUGAGGGAAUUUUUUAAAUGGUAUGUACUUAAUGGCUAUAAACUGAAACAUACUGUAAUAUACAGGGGAAAAAAAGGAGCAAGAAAUCAAGUCCACCUUUCUCAUGGCUAUACCACUCUUGUGUCCAUCCUGAGGCUUUCAGCAACAUUUUCAUUCUGUGAGCCAAGGAGGGGCAACCUGCACAGGCUUGUAAAUGGUUCAUCUUAAAAUGUACAGAAGUGGAACAUUUAAUAAAAUGAGGGGAGAUGGAUUUAUAAACAUUGUUUUUUCUAGGUGACCCUGCUUAAUGAGACUGGGAGAUGCUUCAAGAUGUGAUGGGCCUAUUGGUACAGGUGUGACAUUGUUGCUACCUGUUUCUCCUCCCUUUUUUAAAAAAAGAAUGCCCAGGACACUAUAAUAUAGUGAACUGGCGUGAUUUUUCACAGAAACAGCUUGGUCACAACUUGGUCAGCUUUGUGAAUCCAUGACAUCUGGAAACUGAAAUGAAGAUCAGUCUGGGCCCUUCUUCCCCAGCUUUUUGCCCAAUUGUCAUUUUGCCAGAAUAUGGACUUUGAAGUCAACCCUUUGCUUUUGAGAAAGUUCAAGAACUAUUGAUUGGUUAACUCCAUCUACAAGGACCUAAUCACUGGUAGUCUCCACGGCAGCCACAGCCUUAGCAGAGCUGGGUUCCUGGCCUCUGCACACUAUUUGACUUUCUUGAUGGGUAGUUUUUUAAAGACUAUAAUACCAACUGGAUCAGCUGGGCUUUGGCCAGGAAGUUAUCUUUGUGGACUCUGCCUGCAUGGCUUAGUAGUAGAAGGAAAUUUUUUUUUGUUUUUUUUUUUUUAUAUAUAUAUAUAAUUCAGUUUAAUCAAUAAACCAAGUAUUUAUUGACU